UGUACCUAAAAUCCUGUGGUCCAAAUGUAUGUAGGGAGGCUAUGUAGGGCUUUAGCUCUCCCCAACAUUAGCUGUAGGCCAUCUCCCUCCCCAAAUUUCAUUGCAUUUUCCCCAUUUGUCAUAAAUCGGUUAAAACGGCAUCCAUUUCCCUCUCCUCCACAAUCAUUGUUUUUACUAAACGUUUCGUGACUGAUAAAACAGUUAAGUAUGCGCUCGAACAUUAGGAGUGAGCUUACGUGUCAUAUUUUAGUGAGCCUAUUUCUUUGCAGCUCUACUAUAUCGUUUGUUAUACUACCCAGGGUACCUACCAGACCUGUUCACUCCCAAGCCAGCUAAAGCCUCGCCCGGGUUGCGCAUAUGGGAGUACUUCGCAUAUUUUAGACAGAAGUAAAUUAUGGUGGCCACUCAGAGUCUACUCAAAGUUGCUGGGGUAGGGGGUUUAUUGAUCGCUGGAGCUGCCACAUUUGUAAACUCCAAAAUACAGGCGGGUCUCAAGCAGGGCGCCUGGUUUCGGGAGUCGAUGCGACUGCUGCGCGCGCACCCUGGCGCAGUUUCCGUGCUGGGCGAGCCCAUCACCGACGGCCGUCUGGACCUGGCGAGGCCCGAGGCCAACUUCUGCGACGAGAGACGCGUCCAGUUCCGCGUGCCUGUCAGAGGCCCGAAGGACAAGGGCCACCUGCUGCUGUGGGGGUCGCGCCCGGGCGGACACGUGGCAGGUCGACCGGCUGGAGCUGGAGCUGUCCAGCGACCCGAGCCGCAGGCUGCUGCGCCCGCCUCGCCCAGCGCAGUGCCCACCUCACCCAUCGUAGCGCCCGCCUUGUAA